UGUACGUAAAGAAGCUGCUGGCAGUAUUAUGCAAAGAAAACAGGAAACAUCUGUCGGAAGUUAUUAUGCUAUUAAUGCCAACAAUGACACGGGAGGAGGAGGUGAAGUCAAUAAAAACUUUGUCUCGGAAAGAUUUUCUUCACCAUCGCCAACUAUCCAUACUGGUCUUCUUGCCUGUCACCGAAAAAGCAGUUCUAGCUGUUACAGAUAUAUGAGCGGAUCACCAAGGCAAACAUCUAUAGCCGGGUUAAGUAAUGCUUCAAGUACUGCUCAUGAUACUUUUCUAUAG